AUUGGUUAGCAAAAUGCCCAAUCAUGUGUGACAACUCAACAAAACGACAUCACACUUCACUGAUUUAGAGCUCUGCCUCCUUGGACGUUCUCCUCCCUCUGCUUCUAAGGCGUACCUAGAGACCCCCUUUAACCUCAAACCCCCAUAUAGGUUUCCCUACCUUACGCCCAGAGGCCCCCCCCCUCCAACCCCAUCCGUUCCUCCCCAGGCAGUUGACGUCAAAUUGCUACAAUUUCCUUUUUGGCAACUCUAGCACAUACGUCCGAAGUGGCUAGAAACCAUCUUUACCCUCCCUCAGAACAGAUAAGACGAAACGUCUCGAGGUGGUCUCGGUCGUCGAGCAGCGAGAGCGGCACAAGGACAAGGGACCGUUCUCUCUUACUUAGCGACGACGACGGCCACUCAGUACCAGCUAAUACCUCCAUGAAAAUAAGCCUAUCCAAGGCUACUUAGGCCACCUACCGCCACCGUGGAUAUCGCCUCCCUUCUUAAGGCUCCCGACUCAAAUGAGUCCUCCGUAUCUCCUCCACUGUAUACUCGAUCGGCAUCAGUACCAGCUUCCACGGCCGCCGCGGCCGUGACGACGGUACCUGUUGGGGGCCCAUCAUACGUCGCUCCACGCCUAGGACCAGGACCGAAUCUAGCAGGAGGAGCCCCCGGAAAGCGCAGCAUGCCACCACACGCGUCGGACCCCCCGGCUAAAAAGCAGAGCAAGUGGUCUCAGGAGGAAGAUGCAUUGAUCAUUGACCUCCGGGGGCGCGGUAUGAAGUGGGAAGAUAUCUCUAAGAGGUUACCAGGAAGGAGUGCUAUCAGUUGUCGGUUGCAUUACCAGAACUACCUGGAGAGGCGGAGCGAGUGGGACGAGGAGAAGAAGAAUAAACUCGCGAGGCUCUACGAGAGAUUUAAGCACGAAAUGUGGGCUAAGGUGGCGGAGGAGAUGGCGAUGCCGUGGCGGGCGGCAGAGGCAAUGCACUGGCAUCUAGGAGAAGAGGAUAUGGCUCGCCGAGCAGGCGUAACGCCUUUCACCCUCUCAGUCGCGGCUUCGGAAGGGUCGCACGGAGGUUCUAGGGGUGCUCCACGACAUGCUCACUCCCAUUCCCAAGGAAGCCUUUCUCGUGAUGUAGGGCACGGCAGAGGAUACGGUCGUGGGGCCACGAUGCAAUCUAGUAGACCUCUGGCGUCGCGAAGAGACAGCAUUCCGCCGCACCUGCCCGUCUACGCGGAACACCCCGCCGAGACUUACGCAUACUCCCUUGCUCCCAUCCAGACGUCAAACCCGACGCCUCGACAGGGAAUGCUACCUGGAGUUGCGGAGCUCACGACCGGCGUUAGCGCCUACAGUACGCCGGCCUACUCCAUCGCUAUGCCUGGUGCUAGUCCCAUGUCUAGCGUUACGGCGAGCCCUGGGUCAUACAUGACCCCGGUGGGAUACCCUCCUCUCGAACCAGCGGGGUCGAAACGACGACGAAGCUUCGAGAACAACGUGUCUCCCGAUUUGAGUAGACGAAGGCACAUAGACUCACGACCCGAAACGUACGACAAAACGAGAUCCUCGCGGCACAUGCCAUGACAGAAUAACGUACUCCGAAGAGGCAAAGUCAUGUGACGGACAAAAAAAAGGACGGGUUACGAACUUCAAACAUCUAGAUGUUGUCUGGCCUGGCCAGCCAGACUCUUGG